AUGGAACAGGAAAAAAAUGAGGAAACAAAGAAUCCUGCAGAGGCACCUACUGAACCAGAGUCUAACAUGAAGGAAAAAGAAGAUAACAAAAACGAAUUAGACUCUAACAUGAAGGAAAAAGAAGAUAACAAAAAUGAAUCAGACUCUCUUGUUGAGGCACCUAUGAAACCAGAUUAUAAAAAGAAGGAAACAGAGGCAUCUACUGGACCAAAGUCAUCAAAAAAGAAAACCCUGAAAUCAUUAAAGGCUGAAUCAAAAAUUGCAAAGAAGCCUCUUGGAAGUAAAUCCUUGAACUCCAAAGAAGAUAAAAGUGAACCCACUUCAGAACCUAUCCAUAGUUCUUCCUCUUUCCCUACUACACAUUCCCUAUCCAUUGAUUCUCCCUCACCUUUAAUCAACGUACCUGUUGAGUCACCCAUCACCAACACUUCUCCCUCACCUUCAACCAACAUAACUGUUGAGUCAUCCAUCACCAACACUUCUCCCUCACCUCCAUCCAAUCCUACCUACGUUCCUCCUGCACCUGUUUUAGGCCCAGCUUCUCCCACUAUAUCACCUUGUCUUCGAAGGUCAGUCAGAAUUAGGACUGCACCUACUUAUCUGAGGGACUUCCACUGUCAACAGACUGCCUUGUCUUCAAGAUCACAAUCAACGGCUUAG